UUGACUUGACGUUCAUGAUGGGCAGUAAGAUUCUUUGAUGAGUGACCACCAAGUUUUGGCCCGAUUUCUGUGCUUCUAAAUUUCGCGCGUUUUCAUUGUCCAAUCAACGACGAGAGCAGACGACAUCAUCAAGUGUGUACGCUCGCGAUCGUUGAAAUGUUGCUUGUCUUGUUCCUAGGCCCACGACACCCACGAGAAGUUACAGUAAUUCUUAUUAAUUAGCAACAGCCAUUAGCAAAGACAGGAGAUCAACCAUGCCUAGAGCUACUGUUGGAAGAAAGAAAGUGCAGAAACAAGAAACAACAGAAGAAAAAUUUGACUUCGAAGAUCAGGAUGCAAACAAUGAAGAGCAGACCUCAGAAUUUGAAGAGCAAAUUGUAAACAAAAAAGGGAUGAAAAGACCUUAUGCUGACGAUGCUGAAGACAAUAAUUAUGCCGAGCCUCCGUAUGAUAAUGAAGUUCAAAAUAUGCUACAGAGUUUUGGAGCUGAUCUGCGUAAAUCUAUCUGUGGCAAGAGGAAACGAUUGGAAACAUUUACUCAACAGUCGAUGAAAGCAGCUAAUAGCAAGGUGGAGAAAAUGUGGAAAACGCAGCAGAGUCAAAGGCAAAAACUAAAUGAAGAAUACAGCAAACAAGUAAAUACAGUCCUUGACCAGUGGGAUGCAGAUGUCAGUAGAGUAAAGGAACAGGAGGAAAAAUUGCAGUCUCUCUUCAAGCAACACCAAAAGCUUUUCCAACAGUCAAGAGUGAUUAUGAGUCAGAGACUGAAAACUAUAAGGCAGCUGUUUGAGCAGUACUCAAAGACUAUGAGUGAUCUUGAAAUUAACCACCAAGAACAUCAUGGCAGAGUACAAGGAGAGCUUAAAAAGGAAAUGAGUUUGCUGCAAAAGAAAAUAUUAAUGGACACUCAACAUCAAGAAAUGGCUAACAUGAGAAAAUCCCUACAGACGAUGCUUUUUUGAGGGGUAUCUCUUUUGAGAAGUAAGUUCACCGUUCUGUGAAGGGGAGCUUGUGAGUAAACAAGAGAUCACUUUACCGUAAUUUCAUCUUUUUACCGACCAAUGACCAGCUCAAUAGACAUUCAACAAACUUUAAAACGGUUUACUGACUUUAUAAACAGUUAACCACUGUAUAAAUUGUUGAACAAAUGUAUAAAAUAUUUCCCAAUUUUGCAGACUGUUGACCACCUUUUCAAAAGUUUGACGAACUUUGUAUUAAAGGUUCAUUAACUUUUGACCAUAUUUACAAAGUAUAGGCCAACUUGUUGGUUUACUGCAGUGUUAUGCAGUAUCAUGCUGACUAAUCUCACAUAUUGUGGUUUUUCAAACAAUUCGUUGUUCAGAAGCAAUGAUAAAUGCUCAUUCUAAAAUGGAAAUUAGAAAUAUAUCAAUUAAUUAGAAGUAUAUCUAUCAAUUAAUUAUUAUUUAUUUACUAUAAUUUGUAUAUAGUAUUUAUAGUAACUCAAAUUAUUUAUAAUAGUUCAAACAGUAUUUGUUAGCAAGGUUUUGGUAUCACAAUAGAUUGAAUUGCAGGUUUCAUAGUUAAAAAAGAUACAAUCGCAGUUUACAAACCUUGGCUAACUGUUCUUACUGUCAAUAUACUAAUCAACACAAAAGCAAAGUGUGAUCAUUCUAUUCAUUUUGUUAAACCUUUUAUUGGAUAGGAAACCACACCAAUUAGUAGGUUUAAAAUAGGAUUGUGGUUUGGAAUUCUAAAUGAAAUUUAAAAGGAAAUAUGUGAUUUAUUAAGAUUAACUGUUCACAAAAUCUGAAAAAAGUAAAGUGUUAAUACUACAACAGUUUUAUCCCUAAAGGAGGGAUUAAUUCAUACCUAAUUUAAUAUAUUUCAGAAAAAAAUAGGUUAUAACUUGCCUUAAUAUUUUCUUAUUGUUCAAUAUAAUAUAAACAUGAGUUAUUUAUGAAAGGUAAUGAUAUGGAAAUAUAAACAUUUAUGAAUAGUAAUAUACUUUCGAUAGAGUAAAAAAUUGUUUGUGUAAAUUCCAAUUUGAAUCUCUUCAAGUUCAUGAGAGCUUUGUUUCUGUGAACAAUUAAUCUUUAAGUACCACACACAGAACUUCCAUAUUCCCUAAGAUUCACCUAGAAUUCAUUUUUGCACAUGUACCUAUGUUGCCAAUGACCUACACUUAACGGUAAAAGCCAACACAGGGCCUGAUUUGCAAGCUCAGAGCCAGCAUAGGGUUGUUGAAUUGGGAGGUUGUACUUAGGUAAUAAUCACAGGUGUAAAUGGUUAUAUUGCAAGACCUAAAGGUAGGCCCUAUCAGCAACCCACAUUCACCUUAGAAAUAUAUAGAAGCCAUCUCAAAUAGCCACUUGAAUGUUGCCUGAUACUGGCUUCAUAUGUAUGAGUGGGACAAUUGGCAUCUCCAAUAUACCUACAAUAUUUAAUUUUUGAAUGAUUCGAAUAACAAGCAGUAAUUGCAGUGUGGUAAGUUUAUUCAGAUAUGAUGCUUAAAAAUUCAAAAUAUUAAUUAGAAUAUAAUGUUAUUUAAAAAUUUAAAACAUACUAUUAUAGAGUAAAUCAGAAACUAUAUUUCAUUUUCAAGCACAACUUCGCAGUAACAGAUUUGCUGGUGCAUUUAAAGAUCAACAAACAGUUUUUUAAAAAUGUAUUAGGAUCUAAUACAUUUUCUGUCUGUGAAUAAAUCCCUAUUCACAGACAGGAACUUGGCAACUGUUGAAAUAAUAAUAAAAUUGUACACAGUGUUUUCAGUUUUUUAAUUGUUACAUUAACUCCUUAAAUGUCUAUUUGCAAAACAAGUCAAACUAAACUUAGAUGUAAAUAAUUUCAAGCGUUCACACAUGAAUGAGUUUUGGUUCAUGGCAAUUGCAUAGAUUAUGAGUUAAAAACUUGUUUCCAGGAAGUUUUAAUAGCUUGUUUUCUUGAGAUGUUAAGAUCUGCUUUAAAUCGCAGUUAAGUUGUACUAUUUAUAGACUUUACGGUGUUGUUUAUUGCUAAACUUGUCUAUGUAAAUUGUAAAUGUAAUGAACUAUUAAAUUUGAAAACCCAUUGUGUAAUCAAA